UGCUAGACAAAAUGGAAUAGGAAAAUUUCAGGUUGAAACAUACCCUCCAUUAAAACCAUUAGUCCUCUUUAUGGAUUGGCAGCGGCUUUGCAAAGUUAAUGCUAAAUCUCCUGAUCACAUGUUGAAUAUUAUUUGGGAUGAAGAAAUGGACGAUGAGAUGAUUGAUGAAGAUUGGGAACGAUAUAUUCGUGGAAAGAUUCCAAAUGGUAACACAAAUGCUCUUACUGCCAUGGUUGCAUGGAGAGCAAGCAGGAUAAUUUAA